AUGGACCUCAAGGAGCUGGCGAUGCUCAAAAUGGGCGAUCCACCCCCAAGAGGAUCUAUGUUUCCACCAAGGUUGGUGAACAAACAGGGUGUUAAGAAGCGAUUUGUUGGUAACGCUAGCUUUAGUGGUUUCGCAGGAAUGUCCUGUCGCGACGGCAAGAAACCCAUCAUUGGUCUGAUCAACGGCCACGCACAUGGUGGUGGUUUCGAGAUGGCGCUGAAUUUCGAUCUCACGUUGGCAUCCCCAAACGCCACUUUUCGGGCUGCGGAUUGCCAGCACGGCCUGGCAGCCUUGGCAGGUGCCUACCCAAGACUAUGUCGUAUCGCAGAUCUUCAGCGGACAAUGGAUCUAUCUUUGACUGCUCGAAGACCGUCUGCAGCUGAGGCGGAGGAAUGGGGUAUUGUACUGAGGGUUAUCCCCGAAGAAGAGUUGUUACGCGAGGGGUUGAAAAUGGCACGUGCUAUUGCCUCGUUGAGUCCCCAUGCGAUCUUUGUUGCUCGAGAGGCAGUUAGAAAUUCUCUGAAUUAUGGCGUUAAUGAAUCCAUACGCGACAUGAGACUGAAACAUUUGGACUCAAUUCUGGAAGGCAAGGCUCUAGGAGAAGGUCUAUCAAAUCGGAUUGGCUUGAAGACUAAGAAAUCCUCAGCUAAGCUGUAA